AUGAGCCACCGAAGGCGAAACCGCCCACAACCCCGCGUCGAGGUCAUCGCGCCCGCGGGCGAGGAUGCGCCAUCCCUCACGGUCACGAUGCUCGGCGCGGGACAGGAGGUCGGCCGCUCGUGCUGCGUCAUCCAGCACCGAGGACGGACAGUCGUGUGUGAUGCGGGCUUGCAUCCGGCCUAUCCUGGAUUAGGAGGGUUGCCGUUCAUCGACGAGUUGGACUGGUCGACAGUGGACGCGAUUCUCGUUACUCACUUCCAUGUCGACCACGCUGCUGCAUUGCCGUAUAUCAUGGAAAAGACAAACUUCCGCGACGGAAACGGCAAGGUGUACAUGACGCAUGCGACCAAGGCGAUCUACGGGUUGACGAUGAUGGACACGGUGCGAAUCAACGACCAAAGCGGCGAUUCGUCAGGACGGCUCUACAGCGAGGCCGACGUCCAGGCGUCCUGGCAGAACGCGAUCGCGGUCGACUACCACCAGGACAUUGUCAUCACUGGUGGAUUACGCUUCACGCCGUACCACGCGGGCCACGUGCUCGGCGCAAGCAUGUUCCUCAUUGAGAUUGCGGGGCUCAAGGUGCUCUACACGGGUGACUACAGCCGCGAGGAAGACCGGCAUCUGGUCAUCGCCGAGGUACCGCCGAUCCGGCCCGACGUCAUGAUAUGCGAGAGCACGUUCGGCGUGCACACGCUGCCGGACCGCAAGGACAAGGAGGAGCAGUUUACGACGUUGGUUGGCAACAUUGUGCGACGCGGCGGCAAAGUUCUCAUGCCGAUUCCGAGCUUCGGGAACGGACAGGAGCUCGCCCUGCUCCUCGACGAGUACUGGGACCAGCAUCCCGAGUUGCAGGGCGUGCCGAUCUACUUUGCCUCAGGCCUCUUCCAGCGCGGCAUGAAGGUGUACAAGACGUAUGUGCACACGAUGAACGCCAACAUCCGGUCGCGCUUUGCGCGCCGCGACAACCCGUUCGACUUCAAAUUUGUCAAGUGGCUCAAGGACCCCAAGCGCCUCGACCACCGGCAACCAUGUGUUGUCAUGGCCAGUGCGCAGUUUAUGAGCUUUGGCUUAAGCCGUGAGCUGCUGGAGGAGUGGGCGCCCGAUGCGAAGAACGGCGUCAUCGUUACGGGAUACAGUAUCGAGGGAACGAUGGCCCGCACUCUCCUCGGUGAGCCCGAGACAAUUGAGAGUCUACGUGGCGGCCGUAACAUCCCCCGCAGGUGUACAGUCAAGGAGAUCUCGUUUGGCGCGCACGUUGACUACGCCCAGAACUCCAAGUUCAUCCAGGCCAUCGGUGCGCAACACGUCGUGCUCGUCCAUGGCGAGGCGAGUCAGAUGGGCCGUCUCCGAGCUGCCUUGCGUGACAGCUACGCUACCCGCGGACAGGAGAUUAAUAUCCACACGCCGCGCAACCUCGAGCCCCUGACGCUCACGUUCCGCGCCGAGCGAGUCGUCAAGGCCAUCGGUAGUUUAGCUGAGGAGCGACCAGCCCACGGCGCGGCGCUCAAGGGUCUGCUCGUGUCCAAGGACUUUUCGUACACCCUCCUCGACCCGAAGGACCUGCGCGACUUUACGGGUCUGAGCACGAGCACGAUCACGCAGAAGGUCAGCCUGCCGAUCGGCGUCGACUGGGCUGUGGUGCGAUGGCAUCUUGAGGGGAUGUAUGGCGAGGUGGAAGAGAGUGUGGACGAGGCUGGCCGCGAGGUGAUGACGGUCAUGAACGCCGUCCGCGUUCUGCGCGUCUCAGGCGUCGAAGUCCAGAUGCAGUGGAGCUCGAACACGAGCAACGACAUGAUCGCCGACUCUGCACUGGUGGUCCUCCUCGGCAUCGACUCUAGCCCCGCGACUGUCAAGCUCACGUCCCAUUCGCAUCCACACGCACACCACGACCACGAGCCGGGGUCGUCGUCGGACUUUGACACGCUCCACAUGUUCCUCGAGGCGCACUUUGGCGAUGUGAGCCGGCCAGGCGAGGCAGGACAUCCGCCAGACGAGGAGGGGAAUGUGGACGCGAAGGGAGACGAGGAUGGAGAGGGGGAGAAGGACGACAACGACGACCUCCUCGCCAUGACUGUUAGGGUUGAUGGCGCCGAGGCGACGGUCGACCUCAUUUCGAUGAAGGUGUCCAGCAAGAGCGACGAGUUGCGCGAGCGCGUCGAGGCCGUGCUCGAGAUGGCUCUUACCACCGUCACCCCCCUCUCGCGCUUGUAUGUCGGGCAGGGGCUCGAGGACGUGCAUGAGCACGAUGAGGCCACUGAGGCAGUGUAG